AUGGCAUUUCCUUUCCUGCGAGCCUUCGUCGCGCUAUUCUGCUAUCGCUACUUCCGCCUCGUCGUGAACUUGAUCUCCUUCUGGUCGUUCCGGCCGAUAACACCCCCGGAAAAUCCGAAGCUGACCAGUCAAGAUGUCACGGUAAUCAUUCCCACGCUUGAGGGAUGUGGCGAGGAAUUGGUGGAGACGAUUCGUUCUAUUCUAGAGAACCAACCUUACGAGAUUCUUUUGGUGACUAUUGAGGCCAAUCGGAAAAGGGCCGAAAGAAUGUUGAAUCUGAUGCCGGCGUCCAAAUCGAGAAUUCGUCUGUUCACGGUCACGCAUCCCAACAAGCGCCGCCAGAUGACCAGAGCAAUUCCCGAAGUUCGAACUGCCAUUACGCUUCUCGCCGACGACGACGUCAGCUGGCCUUCUACUGUCCUGCCAUGGAUUUUGGCCCCCUUUGAAAAGGACGAUCGGUAUGGAGGCGUGGUGACCUGCCAACGAUUGCGCCGCGCUGUCGCGCCGACCCUCUCACAGCGCAUCUGGGGCUAUCUGGGCGCUCUCUAUCUCGAGCGACGCAACUUUGACUGCGGGGCUACGACCAAUCUGGACGGCGGCCUGCCAUGCAUGUCCGGGCGCACGGUGGCCUAUCGGACCAAGAUUCUCCAGGACGAGGGCUUCACCUACGCCUUCACCAACGAGGAAUGGUGGUGGGGAAAGUAUCAACUCAACGCGGACGACGACAAUUUCAUCACUCGCUGGAUGGUCUCGCAUGGCUGGGAAACUUACAUGCAGUACCACCCCGAGGCGGAGGUGCUCACCACUCUGGAGGAUAAUCCCCGAUUCCUGAAGCAAUGCGCACGCUGGUCUCGAAGUAACUGGCGGAGUAAUCUCACUAGUAUGUUCCACGAGAAGCACAUCUGGUAUCGUCAGCCCUGGAGCGCUUAUGCCGUACACUUGACCACUUUGUCGCCUCCCGCCCUGUUGGGCGACCUGCUGCUGGUUUGGCUGUGCCACAAAGCGACCGUUCCGUGGGGUGAUGUCCUGCACGAUCGAGCCAUGACCUCGCUGUAUUUGUGGAUUUUCAGCAGCAAGUGGAUCAAGUUACUAGGUCACUACAUUCGCUAUCCGGUUGACGUUUUCCUGAUGCCCGUGUCGAUUCUUUUCGGCUAUUUCCACGGGGCAAUCAAGAUGUACGCCGUGAUGACACUGAAUGUGACAACUUGGGGCAGCCGUGAUGGCGCUGAUGAUUACGAUGCGGAGCGUAUGAAGAAACGCACCGAUGCCGAUCGCAUAAAACAGCCUUACUACCCCAGCUACCUGACCAAGUAG